GGAGCCAGGAAGAGGAUUCUGCUAACGGUAGCGAAGUGAGCAUAUUAGUCUUUGGCUCGGUUUAAAACAGAUUUGCUGUAGUUCAACACACACAUACACAAAAUACAGUCAAUUUGAAAUCGCAAGGCGCUGUUCAGGCGAUAAUGUGGCUGCGACGCAGAGUGGCGCCGUUCUUGUGCAUCGUGCAAAGUCUUGUGGCGCUGGCGCUCGGCUUCGUCGACAUGGAGCCCGGGCCGCAGACAACAAGCGGGGAGCGCUUCAGGAUCGAGGGCCGCGCGCUCGUGCACGGCGUCCGGCUGCAGGACUGGAUCUCCACGGCGCGCGUUCUGGUGGAGGGGGAGGAACACGUGGGGUUUCUGAAAACUGAUGGGAGUUUUGCAGUGAAUGAUGUUCCCCCAGGAUCCUACGUGGUGGAAGUUGUGUCUCCAACCUACAGGUUUGAGCCUGUCAGAGUGGACAUCACGUCCAAAGGGAAGAUGAGGGCACGGAUGGUGAACUACAUCAAGACCUCUGAGGUAGUGAGGUUGGUGUAUCCACUACAGAUGAAAUCCAGUGGACCUCACUCCUACUUUUUGAAACGAGAAACCUGGGGCUGGACAGAUUUCCUCAUGAAUCCGAUGGUUAUGAUGAUGGUCCUGCCUCUCCUUAUCAUUGUUCUUCUCCCUAAAGUUGUCAACACCAAUGAUCCAGAGAUGAGACGGGAGAUGGAACAGUCAAUGAACAUGCUGAACCCCAACCAUGAAUUGCCAGAUGUCUCGGAGUUCAUGACUAAGCUCUUUUCUAAGAGCUCUGGCAAGUCUGGAGGUAGCGGAAAGGGAGGCAAGAGUGGUGCAGUGAAAAGGAGGUAGUACCAUGCUUCAACCCUGGAACAGGAAUGCACUGUGGGAUGUCAUCAGAGAUUUUCUUUUCCAUUUUGUUUUCAGUGAAGUAUUACUUACUCAAGCCCUGUUUGUCCUUCGUCUCCAGCAAUGUUAAGGGAGAAAGGGAACAACAGUGGAUUCAAAUAAAUUGAUUGAUUGGCACUGCCUUUAAGAUUUUGAAUGAAUUUGAUUUUUUACAGAUGCCUUGUGGUUUUAAUUUCCAGUAAAAUGGGUCAGUCAUGUUUUUGACUGAUCACAUGUUCUGCUCCAGUGCAUGUUCUUCACUAAAAAUUUGCUUCUUGAAGCCCACUACUGUUAAAUAUUAAAUGUAAGUUAUUGUUAAUUUGUUUGUUCUGUAAGGUAGCUAUAGAUGUUUGUAUUUUAUUCUGGUUUUUGAAUUGAUCUAACUGUACUUCUGCCAUAUGUACUUGAAUGAGAGCUUAUAUAUUAUAUUCACUAUGUUUGUCAGUUGCCUGAUCUGGGAUUGAUAUCUUUGAAUUAAAUAAUAAAGCUUAUGGAAUUUUAACCUCAAAAGAAAAAUAAAGUUAUUUAAAUACUAAGGUUACAAAACUGCAGUGAGCUUAUCUGCUUUUGUUUUUUUCACAAAAGUUCAUUUAGUUAGCUGUUCCGAAUAUUUUAGAUGUCCAGCUAGUAUUUAACAUGUUAGAAUUUGACAUUUAAGGCUGACAGUGUGAGUUUGUCGCUCAAAUGCCUGUCCAGUGCUAGUGUGACACCAUGUGCACCUGGGAAUGGUCAGUUCCAGGCUUUUUCACUUUGGCUGGCAAGAAUGUGGUUGGCUCUAUCUUGUGCUGUACAUUGAAGUGCAAUACUAAAAAUAAAAAAAAAAACUGUGUUCAAUUAUUUACUACUAUAUUCAACAUACCAUUUUUAAUAGAGUACUCUGCAGAGCAAGGAUAUUCAUUUUACAAGGUCAGUAGUCCUGAAAAGGGAACAUGACAUGACUUCUGAUAUCUUCAUGAGCAUUUAGAGACAUGCUGGGCCCCUCUAGUUACUGUAGGAAGCUCAAAAGACCUAAGUGCAAAAACUAUAGUGUGUCAUCUGCCACAUUCUGCAAUCUGUCUGGCCAAACAAAAUAACUGGCUAACUGCAGCAAGAAUAUAAAGGCUCUCAUUUUUUUUUCACCCGGACCUAGAAAAGAGACAAUCACUUGAAGAUGGUGCUUUAUGUCAGCAGGCAUCUAUGGGUGUGAGAGAUAAACAUGAGCUCCUACCCUUGGCUCAUUUGGGAGUGAAGGCCAA